GUCGCAACAUCCGCCUAUACUUUCGUUUUGUAAAGUGUCGACCAAGUUUUGUAAGCACCCCGAGUGACUGCGCCUCCAAAACCACAUCUUUUUGUUUUCUGCGCUGCUGGGAUAUACGCAGCAAUGGAGGUGUGUGUUUUAUCGUCACUUUGCUACUUCUCAUUACUUUGUGUGCUGCUGCACUUGCUGGCCUUCGUCUUCGCCGAUGCCGAUCUGACGUUGUUGUGGGCAAGUUGGCUCGGACGCAAGCCAGAGGCCAAGCUGAAGCAUCGGGUGGUGUGGAUCACGGGCGCGUCCAGCGGCAUCGGGGAGGAGCUGGCCUACCAGCUGGCUCGGUGCGGCUCGCGGCUGGUUCUGUCCGCCCGGCGUGAGGAUGAGCUGAAGAGGGUGAAACGGCAAUGCUUAGAGUCCUCGAGCCUCAAGGAUGAGGACAUCCUUGUUCUCCCGAUGGAUUUGUUGGAGAGGACAACCCACAAAGCCAAAACCCGAGCUGCAAUUGAGUAUUUUGGACAAAUUGACAUCCUGAUAAACAAUGGGGGCCGAAGCCAGCGCUCUUUGUUCUUGGACACAGGCAUUGACGUGUAUGAGGCUUUGAUGGAGCUCAACUUCUUGGGUACCGUCUCCCUCACCAAGCAUGUGCUGCCUCACAUGACCCGGCGCGGCACUGGUGCCAUCGUGACGGUCAGCAGCGUGCUGGGCCUCGCUGGGGCACCCCUGGCGUCAGGAUACGCUGCCAGUAAACAUGCUCUUCAGGGUUUUUUUAAUUCCCUUCGGACUGAGCUCUACGACUAUCCUAAUAUACUCAUCAGCAACGUGUGUCCAGGACCUGUGCAAUCAUUCAUAACAGAAAAUGCCUUCACCGAAGAGCUCCACAAGCCUGUGGCUUCAGCUGGUAACCAGGAACACAAGAUGCCCACCAGUCGCUGCGUGUCUUUAAUUCUGGCGGGGAUUGCCAACAGUGUCAAGGAAAUGUGGAUCGCGCAGCAACCCUUCCUGGCUUUCUACUAUGUCUGGCAGUAUGCUCCCACAGUUGCCUGGUUCGUCACAAAAGCUCUGAGCAAAAAAAGGGUGGAGAAUUUCAAAUCUGGUGUGGAUGCAGACUCUGCCUACUUCACCAAGCCCAAGACCUCAUAAAAAAGUGGUUUCCAGACAGAAAGAUUUCAGAUUUUGGGUAGUGUGUGCAAUGGAGAAGAUUGGAUUCUUACAAGUCAUUUUAUUAUAUACAGAGACA